UAAGUUUGCGAGUGUAUGAAUCAACGCGCUUGGUUUCACUUGGAUUGCGUGUGGAAACCGUUUAGAAGUUUCCACUAUCUGUUUUGUUACCAACAUUAACAUUAUGCUAUCUAUCACUUUGAGUAAGUUUCUAUUGGCCUCAAAAUCAAAAUGAGUUCGUUUUUCGGUUUAAUUCUACUGGGAUUCGGUGUCGGUGUGGUUGCCGUUUUUGCCAUUGAAGCCGUGGGAGUGUUAUGGAUCAUGAAACGGUUGCGCCACAAGCUCCAUACGGAACAAUCCAACCUCUCUUCCCAAACUCAACUGGAUACUUCUUCAAAGCACCUUGAUCAUCAACAAUCUCUCUAUUUUUCGUUUAACAAGCAGGGUGUGGUUUGGGUCCUAGAAUCAGGACAAAUUUCAAAAGAGCCAAAGCGAAAAGAAGAGCUAUUGGAGGUUUCCCCUAUUAAAAUGUAUGGACAAAUCAAGGGUCAAUCACUUAUUCUAAGAGAGUCUGAUGGUUUGCACAAAACAGUUGAACUCAAGGGCUGUACUGUUCAAGCCGUGUCAGCAUCAAUCCUUUCUUCCAAAAAAUGGGAAAAAAAGUUCCCCAUCAAAGUGGAAAGCAAGACCUCAGUGAUAUACAAUGGAAGCAAAACUCUAUAUGUAUAUCUUGAAACUUCAUGGGAGAAAGAAGCAUGGUGUAAGGCCCUCUUUCUGGCAUCUUGCGAUGAAGAAGAAAAAGUCAAAUGGUUCACCCAGUUGCAUGAGGACUUUCAUAAUUACCUGACAUCCUUAAAUUCUGUGUAUCAAUGUUUAAUGAAACCAUCAGUAGGAUUAAGUGUUGAGGGGGCAAUAGAAAGGGAUAUAAAGCCUGAUGAUCCUUCCUCAAAAGUUCGUCAAUUUUUGAAAAAGAUUGCUAAAAAAACUUCCCGAGUUGGUUUGGAAAAUAAAUCUAAUUGGAGUUCAUUGUCAGGCAAUGAAGGAAAAAAGAACACUGAGAACCUUUGUGCUAGCCAAGAUGAUGUUUUGGCCCCAUUACCUUCCAAGUUACCCCAUUUGGGAAGCCAGAAUAUUCACUCUGUCAGCUCCGAUGGGGAUGUUGAAAAGAAGUUCGGUAUUGACGAGGGAACAUUAUGUUGGAAUUUAUUGAUUUCCCGACUCUUUUUUGAUGUCAAAGGCAGUAUGCAGUUGAAGAGGGCGAUGCAAGAAAGGAUUCAGAGAACAUUGUCCAAUAUGAGGACUUCCAGUUAUAUUGGUGAAAUCAUCUGUACAGACAUCAAUACCGGGAAUGUUCCACCUUGUAUUGUAGGACUGAGGGCUCUUCCUAUGGAAAUGAGUGAGGUUUGGGCCUUGGAAGUUGACAUUGAAUAUUCUGGAGGAGCAGUAUUAGAGAUUGAAACGAGGCUUGAAGCUCGUGAACUUGAGCUCCAUGCAGGGACAGAUGACUCAAAUUCAGAGCCUAGCAAUGUUGAAGCUGUCCAAUCAGAUCUUCCUAAAGGUUUUGAAUGUUUAGGAAAGGAAUUGAAACUUGAAGAAAGAGAGAAUGAUUGUCAAGAGCAAAAGGAAGACGUAGAUGCGUCGAAGAGCUUUAAGAGCACCAUGUCUUCAACAAAUCAUGGAUCACGAUGGAAAUCGUUAUUAAAUUCUUUGGCCAAACAAGUUUCACAGGUUCCUCUCUCUUUGGCAAUAAGAGUAGUUUCUCUAAAAGGGACAUUGCGUUUGCAUAUAAAACCACCUCCCUCUGAUCAACUGUGGUAUGGUUUCACAUCAAUGCCAGACAUAGAUUUCAACUUGGAGUCGUCUGUUGGAGAGCAAAAAAUAACUAGUGGGUACUUCGCUUUAUUAGUGGUCAAUAGGUUAAAGAAAGCAAUUUUGGAAAAUUUAGUGCUCCCAAAUUGUGAAAACCUAAGUAUCCCAUGGAUGUUAGCAGAGAAGGAUGAUUGGGUUCCUCCAAAUGUUGCUCCAUUCAUAUGGAUUAACCAAGAGUUUCGGAAUGAAAUUUCCACUUCAGUUGAUACCAAUAAUCAAUCUUCUGGUGGAGAGAAAGCUACGUCGGAAGCUAGUGCAAACACCUCAAGUAAUGUUCCAACGAACAAACCAAAAAACCCGAAGAGUAUCGAAUCUUGUCAAGAGCCAACUAGUAAAUCAUCAGAUUCUUUAGCACUGCCAAGUUUCUCUGGUUCACUAACACUAGAGAGAAGCAGCAGUUUGGAAGAACUGACAAUGCCUUUAUUAGAGAAUGAAAAAUCACAAGAAACUAGGGAUUUUAAAGAACCUUCGUUGCAGAACGUCAAUCAACUCGAAACUAGUGAAAACAAGGUGGAAAACAAUUCUGAAUUCCCCUCUUUGCAUAGAAGUUUGGUGGUGAUGGAGAAACAAAAUCAUAUCUUUGAACAGGAAGAUGAACUACCAAAGAAAAUGGGGAGAAAAGAAAGGAUGUUUGAUUUGGGGAAGAAGAUGGGGGAGAAAUUGGAAGAGAAAAGGCGCCAUCUUGAAGAAAAGAGCAGGCACAUUGUUGAGAAGAUGCGCGGACCGUGAGAAAUAUAAACCAAGUAAAUGGCAGAGUGGAUAAAUGUUGUUCAUGAUGUGUUGGUCUUGUGAAAAACAUCGAAUGUCAUAUAUUGUUUCAUUAGUUAGUUGUACAUUUCCUAGAUGUUCACUCUCAUGUCUGAGGAAUGUUUCGUAUUUUAUCAUUUUAUAUAUGAGUUUCUAUUAAUGCUUUCGUUUACUGCCCAAGUUUGUCCAACUUAAUGUAGAAUUAGCUUGAUGUUUGAAACGUGAAAUGAAUGUCCCACUUCUACUCUGUCUUAA